UAGGCAGUAAGCAGUUGGCCUUCCAGCAGCAGCUGAUCCAGAUGCAGCAGCUUCAGCAGCAGCACAUCCUCAACCUCCAGAGACAAGGCCUGGUCCCACUGCAGCCCACCGCCGCCAUGCAGUCUCUGCAGCAAGCGAUGUGUCCGUCGGACCUCCAACAGCUGUGGAAGGAGGUGUCGGGGGUGCCGAGCAGUGAGGAGGCCCUGAAACAGGCCGAGGGCCUGGACUUGAGCACCAACAGCUCCAAUUCUACCUCAGCCUUCCCCAAAGCUGCCAGCGCUCACAUCCCACUGCACAGCCUGGCCAACGGACAGAGCCACACCCCAAAGAGAGACAGAGCCAGACUGUUUGAGUGGAUAUCCUCCUUCACCAAGGCAGACAGCGGAGAUGAUCAUGUCCCCCUUUACUCCAAAGGCGGCCAACCCCCCAGCAGCCAUCAUGAGGAGCAUGCUGGCUCCCAUCCUCUUUACGGCCAUGGAGAGUGUAAGUGGCCCGGCUGUGAAGCACUGUGUGAGGACAUGGGACAGUUCAUCAAGCACUUGAACAAUGAGCAUGCCCUAGAUGACCGCAGCACUGCUCAGUGCCGAGUCCAAAUGCAGGUGGUUCAGCAACUGGAGAUACAGCUGGCGAAAGAGAGCGAGCGACUCCAGGCCAUGAUGACCCAUCUGCACAUGCGCCCUUCAGAGCCAAAGCCUUUUAACCAACCUCUGAACCUGGCUUCCAGCGGCUCUCUGCUAAAGCGGGACAGUGAGGUCUACCCAGAGGGUCUUCCUCACCCCCCCACCUCAGCUGCCGCCCCCAUCACCCCACUGCGCCAGGGACCCUCAGUCAUCAGCUCCUCCAGCCUGCACACACACUCCCACUCCCACACGCACGGCGUUGGGCCCAUACGUAGGCGCAACUCCGACAAGUACUGCACCCCCAUCGCCUCAGAGCUGGCUCAGAACUGUGAGUUCUACAAGAACGCUGAUGUCAGGCCUCCCUUUACCUACGCCUCUCUUAUACGUCAUGCCAUUCUGGAGUCCCCAGACAGACAGUUGACUCUCAAUGAGAUCUACAACUGGUUUACACGAAAGUUUGCCUAUUUCAGGAGAAACACAGCCACAUGGAAGAAUGCUGUGCGCCACAACCUGAGUCUGCACAAGUGUUUUGUUCGCGUUGAGAACGUGAAGGGGGCCGUGUGGACUGUGGAUGAAGUUGAAUACCAAAAGAGGAGACCACCAAAGAUGACCGGAAGUCCAACUCUGGUGAAAAACAUGAUUUCAGGCUUGGGUUUUGGAUCCCUAAACGCCAGCUACCAGGCGGCUCUGGCAGAGAGCAGUCUCUCCCUGCUGAACAGCCCUUCCCUGGUCAGCCCUCCGUCUGCGGCCAGCCUAAACAUGCUGCAUGUGGGCCACGAUGAUGUCAGCUCCACUGUGGAGCAGGUCAACAGCAAUGGCAGCUGCAGCCCCACGCUCAGCCCUCAACAGUACAGCCACCCGGUGCAUGUGAAGGAGGAGCCCACUGAGGUGGAGGAGGACAGUCGGUCAGUAUCCCUCCUGGCCGGCGUCACACACAGCCUGCCAUUGCCGAGUGACGAGCGCGACCUCGAGGAGGAUCUUCCCACCGAGGAGCUGGAGUAGGACAGAUCCACCAUGGACCGGAGGGAUGAGACACAGCGAGAUCAGCCCUCUCGUCAGCGUGAAGAGAAAAAGAUACAGUACACUUAAGAGAGAAAAAAAGAGAAUUUUUUUUUUUUUUUUUUAAGAAAAUGCAAGCAACCAAGGACAACAUUGAGAAACUCAAAACAGGGUUCGAUGACCUCCGUUAACUUUCAGACGCAAAAACAAGACUGUGGAGCACUGCUUUACCUCCAUGUGUUUCUUUUCCAACACUUGGCUCAGAGGUAUAACACCACUCGAUGCAUACACACACUCACACACACACAUCCCAUUGUCAAACCAUGUUUCAUCAUCUUUUCUGGUCAGAUCAGCCUCUGUGAAGAGACCCUUAGAGGUUUGGACACUCUCCUCCUUGCCCGACUACUCUGCAUACGCCCUCCUCGCUGUUGUCUCGGGCUGCCUGGCUAGCAGUUUUUAUCUCUACGUCAGUUGAGAAGACACACAGGUGUGUGUGUGUGAAAGAGAAAGACACACACAGGAUCAUGUGUAUAUAGAUUUGGAGCAGUCACAGGGGCUGUGCAGUAAAAUGAAACUGUCGGGCUUUAAGAUGGAAAGAAAGGAAGAGCGCUUUCAAAGAUUUACCUCCAGCAGUGCUCCAACACUUCUGCAGAGCAGGCUCCCUGUCUCCACGUCCGUGUGUGUGUGAGGCUGUGGCCCUGGUCCCUGUCCAAACUUCUGCCCCCCAGCAAGACACUUAGUGACGGACAUCUUUUAAACUCUUUGCUUCUAAGUGGAAAAAAAAAAGACAUUUUCCUACCCAACCUCCAUCCUUUCCCAUCCCCACCCCAAAAAGACUGCAGGAAUAGGACCAUUUGGUGCUGUUCUUCUCCUCUCCUCCGUCUGCGGACGGAGCGACGAGCUUGGAACACUUUGAGAAGAAAAGAGGGGAAGCAGAGAGAAAUGAGGGAGGAAGCGUCUACAGAAAUAUUAUGACAAAAAAAAAGAAAACUGUUCAUGAAUAUGGAGUAUAACAAGAAAAAAACGUGUGGUAGCUUUUGUCAUUUCCUUUUUUUUUAUUUGAUGUUAUUAUCAUUGUUUAUUUUUGAGGAUUUCCGCGGUGGCGUUCUGUUUCAACGUACCUUUUCUAAGGAUGCUGUUUUGUUUUUUUGUAUUGUAAAUUGUUUGAUUUACUCUGGCUGUUCACACCAUUCCAAAUGAGUAUUGGCAAAAAAAAAAAAAAAAAAAAAAGCGCAGUAUUGUCCCAACUUGUGAUACCCGCCCCCCACUCCUGUCCCUCUCCCUUUCUGUCCCCAAGUGUAGCAGGCAAGAAAUUUGGAAAUAGCACUUAAAGUUGCCAUUAUCCAGACAGAUUAUUUAACAGCUGAUUUUUUUCUCUCAUUCACUUGUUUUUGGUUGUGUAUUUAGUUGAGAAAUAUCAGUAAUGCUUUAAAAAUAUAUAUAUUAUUACUGCAGUCAGAGAAUACCUCAUCCCACAAAGGUUCUGCCUGAAACUGUGUCCAAAUUGAUAAACAAAUAAGGGGGAAUUCUUUCCGUGGGACACCAAAUGUGGCAACUCUGCUCAGCUUCAAAGCUCUAUGGUUGUAAUAGUUACUGUGUAGAAGCUAUCUGCAAUUCACUGUGUGAGUUUGUGUUAAAAGGAAUAGCACGUGAGAUUUAUUUUUGUUUGUUUUCCGUGAGCAUAAAAAGCAUUACUUUUCUCUACAGUGCCAUACCAAAUUUUAACAUUUAUUUUAAUCUAUUAUCUGCUUAUUCCCAUUUUAUUUUUGUUACAGGUAACCAAAGAAAUAUGUAGAAAACCAAAAACCCUUUAGUUUAUUUUGCCCUUUUUGAGUUUUCCUUUUUUGUUUUUCUUUCUAAAGAAUUGGCCAAAAUACAACAAACCAGGAGUUUGAAUUCCUAUUAUUGUAUUCAUAUAACUAUUGUGUUGAAAUUAUACAUGACUUACAGUGCUGACCAUUCCGAAAACCAAAGUGUGUAAAGCAAACUAGAAACUUGGAGACAUGAUAAGCGGUUAUGAAUGACUCACAUUAGGUAUGAGGCCAAAAAAAAAAAGCUAGUAUUAACGAACCUCGCACAGUUCCUCUGAAAAACUAAAAGAAAGAGAAAAAAAAGCACUUAGAGGUGAAAACCUGUCUCUCCCACGCUCAGGCUAAACUGUGUUCCAAACACAACGCUAGGACCGGCCCUACUGCUGUAUGAGCAGGCCUAAUAAAAAGAGGCACUCGUGAGGCAUUUGGAUACUUUUCGCUUUACAGGAUUUUCUGGUGCUGUCAUAAGAAACAUUUUUCCAAUCUAGGGAACAAGCAUGCCCUCUUUGCAGGAAGAGGGGGUGUACUGUAAUGUGGUUACAAAAGUCACAUCUUUGGACAGGGAGGAGUUAUUCCAAAAAUAUUACAAUGAAGAGGGAACAACUAAGAAAUAAUACUAUACCAAUGUAAGAGGAAAACAACCAAGGGACAUCAUGUAAUUGAAAAGUUGGGUUCAUAUUUUCAUACUUUUUUUGUCAAACUCUCUCUUGCACUUCAGACGAUUUUUUUCUUAUUUAACGAAAGAACCUUUCUUGUGUUCAAACAGGACUGUUUCCUGUCACAUUAGAGACUGAUUUCUAACAAAGUACAAAGUGGCAGACAGACAUCUUGAAACGAGAUAAAAACCAAAAAUAACACUACCUCCUUUUCAAAAACGGUUCAACACAUAGCCAAUGGGAGAGUGAGCUCUCUUAAAAUAUUUUUUUUCCUCUCCAUUCUUCCUCAAUGAUAAUAACCAAUGCCAAAAUUGUUGUUACACUUACUGUAUGACUGACAUUAAAAAAAAGAAAAAGAAAAAAAAGUUAUUUGGCGAUCCGGACUCCCUAACGCAUCUGCUCGAGCCCAAAAACAGAGACGUUUCACUUUCCAUGGAAUUAAAAAUGACUACCUCUCCUUAAACCACAUCUAAAGCACUCUCUAUGUCUCAAAGUGUGUUGUGAAGUGCUCACUAUAUAUAAAAAGUUUUCUAUCAGCUGUGUCAAAAAAAAACUGACACCCGAUUAGCACUGAGCUAUGUGAACAGCCUCUCAACUGUGUGUUCUGACUGUGCACAUGUACGAUCGCAGCCCGUUGCGGUGGCGCAGGGAGCUCAUGAUGGACAGAAUAUAUCAGUGCCACCACACACUACCACACACACACAGGGGUGUAACAAAAGCAUAGAAGCAGGGCUAUGAGUUAGUGCAACAAACCAUCCAGAUAUCCAAAGACCCACAACACAGCAGCACCCGCUUCGCCAAAACACCCGCAGAGACGCCGAGAGGACAAACACACACUUAAACUCAUCACUACUACUAUCCAAAACCUAGAGGAACUGCUGCAUACAGUACAUAGAUGAUUUCUGACUCGUGCUUUAAGGUACACCUGUAAACAAAGCUGUUUUAUAAAGAUGUAGAUUGUUCACAGGUCGCCAUGUAACACUUCUGUUCUUUCUCCAGCUUGGCAUAACAUGAUGUAUUCUUGUAUAUUAAUGCUUGACUUAUCUCUCCAGGGCAUUCUUUCCAAUUUUGUCCUUUUUUUCCUCCUUUUUUUUUUCUUUUGCACCUGUUUAGCUAUUGUUAAGCUUUCAGCUCUGAUUCCUAUACUGUACUGCUAAUGCUGAAGUAUAUGUAUUUAUCAUAUUAAGUGCUGCAGGUAUCUCGGUUUAUUAGUUUUGUUUCCAUUUUUUUCAGUUCUUCAUAAAACGUCUGGGACGCUGAUUUUUUAAGUGUAUUAUCUUUAAAAAAAAAAAUUAAAAGAAUAAAAGUUAGAUCAGUGGUUUAGGUAACACCUGUUUGUAUAUUUAUCUUAGCUAGGUCUAUUUUGAUACUUUUUUGUCUCUGUACUGCAUUUAUGCAUUUUUAAGGAAAGAAAAAAAAAACAAAUGGAAAACAAACUAAAAAGUUACUUCAUUAUGUAUUGAUACCUCAGAAGGACUUUUUCUCAAAGACAGGACCAAAAUCUCUGAAAAAAAAAGAGAAAGAGGAAAAAAAAUGUAAGAAUAUGUAGCCCCUCUAUUGCUUUAAAGAAAAAAAAAAAAGAAAAAUGCGGAGCACUAGAAAGAUAUUGCUGUUGGUCCUCUCAGGUGCCAAUAUGUGUCCCAGCUCCCUGUGACCCCUCCCUCUGACCCCUGACCCUUGUCAUUCCUGUGCUGAACUCCGACCCGCAGAGCUGUCAAUCAUCUGCAGGCGCCAUGGGUGUGUCACUGAGUCGCACACCGGGCUGGUUGCCACCAGUCGCACACCUCAUCUCCCAGUCCCGCAGAGGCAGAUCAAAGCCCGACGCUGUUGCAUUUUUGAUACUCCUCCUCUUGGCGUAGUCUCAAUACCAAAAUGUGGAGUGGCUUUCAGAGAUGCAGCUCAUCCUCUGACUACCAAAGGCAUUGAAAGUAACCAUUUGCUUAGUCCAAACUCCUGAACUGUAACCAAACUGUAACCAAACCAAUGCCACAACCUUAACCAAACAAAAACCAAGCUACUUCCAAAACUCUCCAUCGACAUCACUGAUCACCCUUACCGACAGCUGUUAUCUCUCCUUUCAUCCACGUAAUGGUGUUGUACGACCAGUCCGCAUCCUAUUAGCUGGUGACUGACUCAAUGGACACAGGGGGCCCAAAUCCUGACUUGUGAUUGGACAGUUCUGAGGUGUCACGUGAGGGGGAAGGGACUCUCAAAGUGGAGCAUUGCCUGAUGGUAUUAUUGAGUAAACAGCCAGAAACCGUUGGAACUACCACUUCAGCUCUCCUCUGGUUAAACCUAAGGAAUGUGUGUACAUUUUCAGCAGUAUCUCUCUGUAUUGUUUCUUAGUUUCAGUUUACCUGUUUACCUCUCUUUAUCCUUUUGGUUUUUUGUUCUGUUUUCUUGUUAUUUGAAAGUGUGGCCCGAGGAAGAGGUGGGGACAGGGACUGGGUGGUGGCUUUAGACAGACAGUGGAGCCCAGCCCUCUGACCCUCCACCCCGGGUAGCCAUGUAAUGCCAGUCACUGCCCUUUCCUUCAUGCUGUAUAAAAAAACACACACAUAUAUCUGUGUAUUUGUAACCUGAAUCUUCUUGUGUCUGUCCAUGCAGACAAUAAAAAAACUGUACAGUAGGUCUAGUUGCAUGUAAUCUGUACUAAUUAUUGACAAUGGCAUUAUAAAAUGCAAUAAAAUACUUAUUACACUGUC